ACGGAAAGGUGUCAGUGCGCAUGCUUAGAACCAGGAUUGUCGAUAGGGGGAAAAUGUAUCCGUGCUCACGCCCAGUAUCUGCAGCCUAACUAACUUAAAUUGGUGAGAGCCGGGAUCCUCUGUCUGGGAGCGCAGUUCCCUCAGAUGGUCCGUAUCUUCCCCAUGGCCUGCCCCUUAUCUUUCCCUCAGGAGGACUGCAGUUCCCGGCGUGCAGUGCGGCAUGGCUACAAAUUAAGAGCCAUAUACUACAGGGGAUCUUCCAAUGGUAACAAAAGAAGGUUUGCACAAAGAUUAAUAAAUGGACCCUGUUCAAAAAGAAGAAGAAAUGUCAUCAGAUAAAACAACUAAGGGAAGUUGUGUUAGUUGAAAAGUAAAUGUUUUAUAUUCCUUUCCAGACAAAAUACAGAUGACUGGAUUCAGCAUUCUUAAUUCAUGCUGUAUAAGCUAACUACUGAUCAUCAUAAUAAUCAAUAAUAGAAAUCUGUGUAUAGAAGACCCAGAGGAUCUGUGGAUUUUCUGUUUUACACAGAAUUCUAUUACUUUUUUGUGUGGGGGAGAGGGGAAUAUGUGCAAGACAUUGUGUUGAGAACCAGUAACAACAGGAGUGGGAAGUCAUUAAAUAGUAAAGCUCUGUAGUUUAGAGUUGAGAUUUUUAGCUGCUAACGAAGUCUUUGAUGUCAAGAACCAAUAAUGUCCUGAGGGUAUCAAAAAUAAUUUAGUUAGACUAGAGGCUUGAUCAGAUUAACCAGUAACAAUCAAUUCAGUCUGUGUUCACACGGCAGAUUUUCUCCUUUCACAACCAUGUUAGUGAAUCUACUCCUGUGUGGUAUCUAACCAUGUUUGUACAGAACAUUCUGAGAAAAUCUGGGCAAUUUAUUCCAUAGUGUUUCAUCAGGGAAUAUGGUGCUCAUUGGAUGUGCAUAAAAGGAAACAUCAGCAUCAUAUGUGCUAUGGGAUGCCCUUUGCAAUAAGGAGUUGGGAGAAAGGAGAACUGACCAAACAAGUACAGUUAGGAGGACAUAUCCAUAUGUAUGCACACACACAAACAUGCAGUGCUGAACUGGCUGGUGGAUGAGCCUCUGGCAAAGGUGAAAUGCUAUUAUUGUUAUUAAUAGACUUUUAACCAUGUGAUGUGUGAACACAAAUCAUGUUUGAGCCAGCCAUGCCAGUAACUGGCUACUAAUCUUGUUAUUUUUUUUCUUUUUUCUCCCAUUCUGUUUGAUAUUUAUUGCCCACUGUUUGUUGCUUCUGUCUUCUCCCCAACAGUUGCCUCUCACUUCUUGCCUCCUUGAUGGUUGCCUCUCCCUGGUUAUCUUAAUUUCCAUAGGUUGAUUGCUUUUCUUCCUUGCCCUGCUUUCUCUUCCCUCUCCUAGUUGCUUCUGUUAUGCGUUCCCAUAGGCUUCCUCACCUCAGUAAUUUAAUCCCUGCUUUCUUCCCCAUAUUCUGCUUCUUUCUUCUGCUUAUUAUCAGGAUCAUACGCCAUUAUGUAAGUGCAGUACAAACAGAGACAGACAUAGCCCAUCACAAAGAAUUUACAAUAGAACUUAAAGCAAAAUGCAACAAGUGGAUGUAACAAAUGGAGGUAAUGGGGAAUGGAGGAUAAUACCUGAUAAUGUGUGGUUUCAUAGGUUGGCAAUGUGCAUUACUGAUGGUGUAAAAAUUGUAGGAUAUAAACAAAAAUGGUAAAUGUCAGCGGUUCCAACUGGAUACUUCUUUCAGUUUCCUUCUCUUCCUACUUUCACUGCUGUGCUGUCUUUGACAGCAGUGUAUGGUGCAAGGAGUGGUAGCAGCAGAAGACCUCUGACUGUUACCACUUGAGUAUCCUACCCUUAGGUAAAAUAAGAAGGCUCUCUUUGUGGUAUCCUUGUGCUGUGUAUAACUAUUUUAAGGCUGAAGAAUGGUAGAAUCCAGAUUAGAGCUUGGAUUCUUUACAGAUUUGUAAAAGUGAGCAUUAGGAAAGGUAAUGCAGAGUCUGCAGGGUAUAUUAUGGGCCUUGUCACUUCACAGCAAGACAUGCAACUAAGAACUUGGCUGCAGUAAUUCUUUUUUAAGUGAUAUGCUAUCCUCUUCAGUUACAGAGGAUAGAGAGAGAAAAAAUCCAAGGGGAUUUCAGGAAAAAAAUAAUUAAAAUUUAAUCCUAAAUACAUCUACUAGAUGGAACGUUAGGGACCAGGGGCAUUGUACCUUUCAGCUGGUUAGAGAGAUUGCUGUAGAGUCAUGUAAGACUCUAUUUUUAUUUCCCAAGGAUGAUCAGUUUUUUGCAGAUCUAGUACCCUGACUGUGAGGAAGAGGAGAAUUUGGAUUUCCUACAUGGCAGUAUAAAACACUGAUAUUAGGCCCGUCUUUGGACCAGACCUUGAGAGGGUCUUAAAUUAUGGAAAUUCUAACUUUCCAUUCUCCAUUGUCCUUAUAUGGCAGAUCCAGACCAGCUGAGACAUAGAUUAGGUACCAAGGGAAAAAGUGUGAGAUUGACAGACCAGAUGCAGGAGCUGCAUAUCAAAUGCAACAUCCAGAUUCUGCCACAUCAAAUUAGAGAAACCAGUAUUGGCAGUCAAAACAAAAAACCUGUCACUACUACUGAAAAGCCCCCUACUGUCAAAGCAAUGUGCCAAAGCAAUUAACUGAUUUUGGGGUCUCUUGAGAUAUACUCUUGUGCCCUGUGGCAGCUUGACAAAUUGUUUGGUGCAUUGGCCUUUAGUGUUCUUUUAGUACUGAGGUGUAUUUUACUCCAAAGACAUGUAUCCUAUAGAUAAUACUAAUGUAAGCCUUAAGAUUCUAUUUUCUAAUUCUCCAGAAAAAGGAUGCUCAAGAAGCAAUUCUGAAGAACUCACUGAGAAGAGAAAGUGCUAGAAAAAAGAUGUGGCUGAUGUAGAAAAACGAAGGAGUGUAACUGAAGCAUUACGAGGUAGAGUAAGAGAGAAGCUGAAAACAUACAAGGUUGUACAAGAAGAAAAGUCCACAGACAAAAAGCUCUCUGAUACUAAAAUAUACCAGAAAAAGACUGAGGAAUCUUAUCAGAUGACAGUUUUACAUUUUUUAUCAUGACUGGUGAAGAAGGCUCAGAAUUAAAAGAUUUGGACAAAAAUACAUACCAGCAGAAAUUAAUACAUGACAGUCAUCGAGAUCUUGAUGUCUUGCAUGAUGAAAGUAGACCUCUGCUUGACAAUGUGGAAGACGUUUUAUUGCCAGAUGUGCUUGAAGUGAAAGCUGCUGAAUAUGAAUGCAAUGAACUGCAGAUUAACAAGCAACAUGAACAUCUUUUUAUGCCAAGCAGUUCUCCAGUGGUUCACAGCUUUAAACUACCAAAAGGCAUGAUGCCACGCAUCCUAGAAGAUGAAGGAUUGUAUAUUCCAAGAAAAUCAGAAAUUUGUAGGAGAAGUUAUAACAAAAUGGAAAAUCGUCUUCUGAAACAAGAAGGGGGCAAAAACUGGUUUGAAGAAAGUGGGGAAAUAAUUUCAUUACCUUCUCCAAUCAAACAAUCACAAAACUUCAGAAAACGUUUUCCUCUUAAGACUGGUCCAGGAUUAAAGACAAUAUACAAGAAGGCAAUGCAACCUGAAUUGGAAAGCUGCAUCAUAACUAAAUCAGGGGGUCAAAGAGAACUUUAUCAACUAGAUCUCAAUAUAUCAAGUUUAUUGUUCAGCCACCAUCCUCUUUUCAGCCAAGAACAUGUGUUGGCUGCUAGGUUGCUCCAAAUUUAUGAAUGCUUUCAGAACAGACAACAGCAUAAUAUAGCUCUUUUGCUAUCUGAAAAACUUAAGGCAUUAAUAAAUGCUACCAAAAUAAUAGAAACUAGUUUGGAAGCAAGCCAACUGAGCAGGAAAACUUUAGAUGACUACCAAUGGCAAAUAAGAGAUACCAAGAAAUUGUAUGACCUAGAACAGCAAAAAGAUAUUUCUUUAAUACAUAGUAUGUUAAAAGUCUGGAAACAAAUAAAAUCUGUACGUAGACAGCAAGAAUAUAUAAGUACACCUGUAAAAUUACAGUUUCAAAAAAGGCUGACCAAGAAAAAUAAUGAGGAUGAAUAUAAGGUAGGAUUAGCACAAGAUGCUGAAAAAGGCAGAUGGCUGGAAGGAGAAGAUAAUAUUGAUAACCCUGACAAUAUUUCAGAGACCUGGGGAAAACAGAAGGGAUGUUUGGAUUCAGUUCCUCCAUUGGUGAGUUCAACACAACUUGCAGAGAUAAAGGAACCUCUUUUCAUACCACAUCUCACUUUGACUGCAGAAAUAACAGCAGUGUCUAAGUGUCCCAUGUAUGAACAGAAGAGAAGAGCCAAAGUUCAGAGGCAACAGUAUUUUAUUAAAAUAUUUUACAAUGAAAAACAAGUCUCUUGCACUUCAGUAGCUCCCCUACAGCUGGAUUUUAGAGUAAUGUUUCAGCAAAUGUUUAGUAUUCAGUUAUUACAUUGGCCUGAAUCUCUUCGAUUGGAGAUUUGUGAAUCAUCUAAAAGGACAAAUAUGUUGGCUAAAAUAUAUUUACCUAUUCCUGACAAUACUGUACUGCAAAGCAAAGGUGUAUUGGAACAGGCAGAAUUUAGCUGUGACCAGCAAGUUAAACCUAUAAAUGGAGAAGUGGGAAGCAAUGUACCUUUUCUUCUGGAUGAAAAUGAAACUGAAGAGGUGUGUCUUUUGACAUCAGGAAAACUAACGUAUUCCUUAUCCUGGGCAGUCAAUGAGGAAGGAAUUCCGUUAGCCCCUGUAUCUCAGAAAAUAAUCUCUGCUCGUUACAGUGCGCCAAGAAACAUAAAUGCAGAAAUAGCUGCUGGACUCCUGUGGUUCACUGACAGACAGAAACUUACCGAAUGGGCCAAAGAAGUCAAGAUUGAUCCUAAUGACCCUGAGUAUUCAGAUUUGAUGGAAUUCAUUAUGUAUGCAAGAUCCAAGGAACAAACUGUGUCAAAAUAUUUUCGUCUUGAACAGCUGCAAGAAGAAUUUAACUUUGUUACUGAAGAAGAGAUUAAAAAGUGUAAACGUUUCCAGCUGUUGCAGCUUAGGAACUCAGAGCAGUUAGAUUUCUGCCAUUUUCGGCAAAUACCACUGUAUGAUAGAGAGAUACCAGAUGCAGUCAUUCAGGUGACUGUGCAUCCAUUUGUAGAAGUUUCUUUCCAGCACAUAGUUUAUCAAACUAGCACUGCAGAUGGAUCUCAUCCAUGCUGGAAUGAGGAACUUCAAGUGGAUUUUAUAUCACCAGGACAUGAUUAUAGCUUUUCAGGACUGUCUAAAAUAAAAGACAAUAUAUAUGUCAACAUUUUUGAUGAAGUUAGGGUGGAAAAACAUGAGGAUACUUGUCUUAAGGGUUGCAGUGGCCACUCGUAUAUAAGAAAGAACUGGUUUGGAUCAGUUACUUUUCCUUUCUCUGCUCUUCUGGAACAAUCAAAGAUCUGUGGUACAUUUCAAGUAAAUACGCCACCAGUUUUGCUUGGCUACACUUGGAGCAGGCCCUGUGUAUCUCCUAAAGAAUAUUGUGGACAGAAUUUAAAAGAAUAUACCUUUUUAACCAUCUUUGCUACGAUUGAACCUCAGCUAUCUUCUGUUGAAAAUGAUUUAGAAUCCGAUAAGUUUGCAGAUCAUGAAGAUGAAACACUUUUGCAAAGAGCAUGCAUUUUUAAAAAAAAUUGCAAGGCAAAAUUUCCAAAAAGAAGAAUAAUAACCUCUGUUUUUGAUAAUGAAGGACGAAAUAUUUUAGUUACAAAAUAUUUUAGGGCACUAAAUCCACCACAGCUGCUAGUAGAUAUGUAUCUUGAUGAUCCUAAUGCAACUUUUGAUCUUAUUUCUCAAUUUGUGUCUUUAAUUCCUUGUGUAUCAGAUACAUUGGAUGAAAAUGCUGAUGUUGAUAUUUGGAUGACAUCAGAGCAUUGCAUCAAUUUGGCUGUUGGAAAUAAAGAAGAGCAUGCAGUGCUUCUGUGUAACUACCUUCUGUAUUUUGGGAAAAAAGCAUGGAUACUGUUGGGAACAUCAAUGUUAGAAGGGAAAGUGGCAUAUGUAUUAACUCAUGAAAAUGAAGAAUAUUUCCUUUGGAAUCCCUUGAAUGGACAGUGUUAUAAACAGUUUGAUACAUUUUGUCCCUUACAGAGUAUUGACUGCCUAAUCAAUAGGGAAAACCCAAAAGAAAUACUUUACACCCCUACUAAUGGAAGCAUGGUAGAAGAACUACAGAACAGGAUCGAAAAGACCUUAAAAAGUAAAAUAAUGGAAUGGCGAUUUCAGCAACCAACUCGGUGGCAUCGACAGUGUACUGCUCUUCUACGACAAAUUCUUCCCAAGCUAGAAUUAAGAAAUAGGAUCUUUGUUACAAACAAAGAAGAAAAUGAAUUGGAAAGUUUACUGGAACAUUAUUGGGUGACAGGAUACCCUAUCCAGAUGCCAUACACAGAUUUACCAUCAGUAAGUGAGGCUGUGUAUCAAACUGGCAUUCAUUCUUCAGAAAUCCCCAACACAGAAUUUGCUCUUGCUGUGUAUAUUCAUCCAUACCCAAACAACAUCUUAUCUGUAUGGAUCUACUUAGUUUCUUUGGUCCGUCAUCAGUAAACAGUAUUGAAUUCAAUUAUAAUUAAACUAAGUUACUACAUGUUAUCUCUCAUAGUUUAAGAUGGUUAUUUAGGCAUGAGAACUGGGACAUGAGAAGCUAAUUUUAUACCACAAGAGAUAAGCCAGUACUAUUUAUUGUACAUUAAUAGAAUCUUGUUACUAUGGAGAGAUUGUAGCUUUUAAAUGUUUUAAUUAGAUCUAUUAUAAAUUGACCUUAUCAUUUUUGCUAAUUCCCAAUAAUCUGAGACCAGCAUUAAACUCCUGUAAAUCAUUAGAAUUAUCAUAUUUAGUGUCCGGAGAAGAUGUUUAAAUGAUUUCUUGGGGAGUAGAGAGUAAACCCUUUGAAGAAAGAUCUUAAUGAGUUGUUUUAUAAAAGAAUUCGAAUUUAAGGUCUUGCUGCCUCAACACAGUGAAUUUCAAACAUUCCAAGAGUAACACAUAGUCGAUACUAUUAGUUAAAUAAGGUGCUGUAGAAUAUUGUGGAAUGCAUAUUAAUGUUUGACUGGUAAAGACCCAGUGGUUUACAAUGAUGAAUGUGAAAGUUGUGUAAUAAAGUUCAAGUUUGCAACUUUAAUAUCCAGAAGGCUUCCUUAAAUCUUAAGGCAUUGUCCUACUCCUUUGAAAUCAUUGGGGGCAGGAACAGAUCCUUAGUGUCAUUGCUAACUUGUGAAGUUCUCUUUGUGUGUUAUGUCUUAUAUUCUUUUAAUUUUCAGUUGUAAGCGUUUUUGGAAUGAUUAAUGGCAAAUAUUUUGUUCAAGUGGUGUUAUGAAAAUCCUUACUUUCCUUUAGCAGAAUGUUUAUGUUUAGUUUUUUAAAACUGAACGAGUUUAACUUUAGCAUACAACAGUUAACUGUAAACAAUAGGAUUGCAUACAAUAUACUUUAUUAUAGGGAAACAUUCAAAAGCAUAAAGCAAAGCUGUCAAAUAUAUAAAUGUUUUUACUGUAAACUUUUAAAAUCAUAAUAUUGAUAAGUAAAAAAACUAGUGGUUUAUUAAUAUUAUUUAAUAUAGAAUUUUAAAAUAGAAAGUAUAAAAACUAUAAGGAAUAUUAAAUUAAUAUUCAUUGUGUAUAUUAAAAUAUGUUAUCAACACAUUAGAAAAUGCCAUUGCUGAUGCCACUUGGGACAAUCUGGAAAUAAAACAGCACACUGAUAACCGG